CUGGCUGAGAUAAGAGCCAAACAGGGCCUGAAUGUGUCAGAAAAAAAACACCCCGGCUCUUAACUCGGAGGAGCUGUCAGUAUGAGUGAUUUCAAGUCAGCUGAUAAGAAGCUGGCAGAUGACGACGCCAGCGGUGCAAGCAAAAGCAAAAAGAAGCAAGAUAAACGCAGACAAGAGGGACCCAGAGAUGCAUUUGAAAUGUUGGACGCCCUUCCGGAAAAGAAGCAGCAGGAGAUCCAAAGGGCCCUCCACCUUUUCUCCUUGGGACAAACUCUGCCCAGGACGCUGCAGCAGGCCAUGAGACGCACCUACAAGUUCUGGGACACGCAACCAGUCCCCAAACUAGCAGGUGAAGUCAUCACAAGUCAGGGCCAAAUAACAGAAGUUGAAACGAGCGUUCGAGUGGAACCUUACUCUCUGCCUCAAGGGUUCUCCUGGGACACUGUGGACCCGAGCAACCCCACGGAGCUGCGAGAGCUUUGUACGCUGCUCAAUGAAAACUUCACAGAAGAUGACGACAACACCAUCAGAUAUGACUUCUCCAUGGACUAUCUGCAGUGGGCCUUGCAGCCCCCAAAUUGGCUGGCCCAGUGGCACUGCGGCGUCAGGGUGGAUUCCAAUAAGAAGCUAGUGGGCUUCAUCGGGGCGGUCCCUGCAGAUGUGCAUAUAUACGACACGGAGAAGCGGACGGCGCAGAUCAAAUUUCUGUGCGUUCAUAAGAAGCUGCGCCUGAAGCGAAUGACCCCGGUUCUGAUCCGGGAGCUUGCCAGACGUGUCCAACAGCAGGGUGUGGGCCAGGCGGUGUACACAGCUGCCAUAGUGCUGCCCACACCGUUCAGCUCAUGCAGCUUGUGGCAUCGACCCCUGAACCUGCGCAAACUGAUGGAGGUGCAGUAUCCGGGCUUAAGGCGGGACAUGCCUCUGCAGAGAGCCCUCAAAGUCAACCGCCUCCCUGAGAUGACAAAGACACCAGGUUUGCGACCUAUGAACAAAGACGAUGUCGUGAGGACGCACGCUCUCCUGCAGGCAAACCUCAGCAAGUUCCACCUCAGGCCCAGCUGGUCCCUGCAGGAAGCGGAGCACUGGCUCUUGCCGAGGGAGGGUGUGGUUGACACCUACGUGGUGGAGGGUAAUGACGGUGCACUGACAGAUGUGGUGAGCUUCUAUCGAGUCUCCUCCAAGGUCUUGAAUCAUCCGGUCCACACGGGCCUCAGUGCGGCUCACCUCUUCUACGUCGCGUCGGACGGCUGUGCAGACUUGGCUGAGCUCAUAGAGGACACGUUGGUCUUGGCCAAAUUUAAAGGCUUGGAUAUCUUUGUUGUUCUGGACGUGAUGGACAACAGGAGUUUCCUGGAGAAGCUCAAGUUCAGCAUGAGCGGCAAAGACCUGAACUACUACCUGUACAACUGGAUGUGUCCGAGAAUGAGUCCGGACAAGGUGGGCAUCGUGCUACCAAACUAAAGGGAGGUGAUGAUUGAGCCUUGAAAUGCAGCAGCAAGAGUUUGUAGCGUGAUGUGACCAUCUGCAAACACACGGAAUCAAUAAAACAAAUAAAGAUAAAA